CUUCACGCAUCGAUUGGUCCGGUUGCUUGACAGUGAUCGCUCUCUAAGGGUUUGUCGUCGCCGACAUACCCUGACUUUAUCAAAGCAUUUACUUUUAGAGCAACACUGCGCAAUUUUGACACCCAGGUACAUCAUGGCGGCACAUUCAAUCCCUACCAUCGACUAUUCACUGUCCACGUCGCCGGCGACCCGCCCCAAGUUCCUCUCGCAGCUGCGUGAUGCACUUGUCAGAGUAGGCUUCUUCUAUCUCCAGAAUCAUCCGAUUCCAGAAUGUCUGCAGGAAGACCUCCUUGCUCAGUCGCGCGAACUGUUUCAGCUCUCGCCGGAGAAGAAGCAGGAGAUCGACAUGGCUAGUAGCAAACAUUUCAUCGGCUACGUGGGCAUGGAGGACACGGUAACAGUUGCGAAAAAGGACUAUCGAGAGUCGUAUACGCUUGGAUACGAAUCACCUGCGCCAAGUCCUGAUGAACCCAUAUACCGCAACCUGCGCGGUCCGAAUCUCUGGCCAGACAGUUCUGAUCUGCCGGAAUUCAGGCCCGUCAUGGAGCGAUAUAUGACCGAAGUCAGAAAGCUAGCAGACGAGUUCAAAGUCUUCGUUGCGCAGGCAUUAGAUAUGAAACCGACCGCAUUAGCUCAUCUAUUUGAUGGCAUACCAUUCGACCGUUUGAUGCUGGCCAAAUAUUCACCAGCUGCUUCGCCCGAGCAAGCCGCCGACAAGCAGGGUGUUCAGGGUAAAGGGGUACAUAAAGACGCCAGUCUCCUGACUUUCCUGCUUCCAGGGACAUCGCAUGGCGGACUUCAGGCGUUAAGUCCAGCCAAUGAAUGGAUCCCAGUUCCUCCAGUUCCCGGGGCGAUGAUCAUCAACGUGGGUAUGCAGCUGGAGGCUUUGACCGACGGGGUCUGUUAUGCGGCACUCCACAAAGUAGUUAUGCGACCAGAGCACUACGUCGAUAGCAACGGGAAUGUUUUGGGACCCCGGUUCUCGUUCCCGUUGUUCCACACCAUUAGCCUUGACGCAAUACAGAAGGAGCCCCUGGACGUUCCCCCACAUAUCCUAGCACUGGUCAGAGACGACGAGGCAAGACGGAAUGCACGAGUCAGCUUGCGACGGUUGUUUCAAGCUGGGAGCGCUGGGUAUGGGGUUUUUGCCACACGUUUGAGGGUUUAUCAAAAGGUUACGCAACGUUGGUUCCCUCAGUAUCUCGAUUUGUUGUCGCUUGACAAGAUCCCACAACUUGGAGCAGCCUUGCACUCUGAAUCGAAGAGCAUAUUGGCAGCCGUAUAGAUAGUUGUUGAAAGGUUCGCUACCUCGCUCCCAAUCAUUCAUGGUUAGAAAGCUUUACAUUGUAUUUUGUAUUUUGUCAGUAGGUGUUUUUGGAACGCUUUUCUGAUGCCACAUUAGAGAUCUUCUUUCAUACAAAGAGACGCAAAGAAGCCGGAGAUACGAGCAAGUCGUCUUGUCUGCGCUUGAGGACCUUGAGCUUAGGUGUCAUCUUCAGCUCCACCCACCAUCCACGCAAGACAAACUUCCUUACGGAGUCUCUAACGUUGAUGUAUAGAUUAUAUAGAGGCUCGCCUGCCACCUUUGACAGAAUUCGUCGUUCUACCAGACCAAUUGCAGGGGACCCCGGCCGUAGAACGGAAAUGCCGGAAAAGCCAUCAAUGACUUCAGCCGUCUCCCAAUGUGACGAAAGCAGUGCGCGGAGCAACUGGGUCUCGUCAGCAUCCUUGACUUCAGGGUCUGCAGAGGCCUCGAUGACAAUGUAGUCGAAUCGUUCCCAGAAGUUUGCGGUUGACUUGAUAUCCUCAUCUUCAGUCUUGUCAUAGUGCCAGCCUUGUUCAAACGGCCGCUGUAGGAACCGUGUAAUCCCCGUUUGACAGGCGAGAUUCCCAAGGUAGACGGACGCCCCGUUGCUGGACAAGGACUGCUGGUCAUGAUACUUGUGAAGUGCAUCCAAGGCUUGGGCCCCAGGGUAAUUUGCCGCGGAUGCGGGCAACAGCACAAGAUUCGACAAGAGGAAAGAGGCGGCAGUGGAGAGGAUAAGUAGGUGAGAUGCAAUACGGGCAAAGGCCGAUCGAUCUCGCCGAUUCCACAGAUAUCCUGCCCCCAGGGCAGCCGUGGCAGUGAGAACCGGGACAAUGUAGAUGAUGAAACGCCACUCUUUAUGAGGCUGGGCGCUGUACAAGAUCACAAAACACAUCGAAGGUGCAAGUAGCGGGAGAAUCGGCCGCCAGAGUGCGGAAUUGCGCAGUGCCACAGGGAUGGCGAUUAGGUAGAGUAGAGGAUUCAACAGAAGCCUAGGUAAAGCAUUCACAAAGUAGAAUGUGAAUGGUUCUGUACCCCAAGCUGAAGAUUGUCCCUCAAUCACGUUGAACAGAAACGCGUUCAACUCCGGCCAAACAAGCUCCUUCCAAAACAUACUGUCAAUGCCGACGGUAGUAAUUAGGCCAAUGGCAAGCCCCACGAGGCCGGCCAUGACAAUAUCAGGGAAGACUCGCAUACCCCGAGUUACGAGAAGGUAUGCCGCAGUGAAGGCGACUAGAAUUGCCAAUUCUGCACGGAAGAUGACACCUGCCAUCGUGAGCAAGCUCAAGGGUAACCUCACGCCUCGAAAACCAACACGAACUCCCCGUGGGGAGGUCGAGUCGGGCAAAAGAUACCUCAUCGCAGUAGUAGUCAACCCAAAGGCAAACAUGUUAGAUAGAGGCCGUGAUGCGUAAUAAAUGAGGUGGAAUUGACUGCUCUGGAACAGCAGGUACCACACAGCUACAGUCUGGCCAAAGCUAUUCCGCAACCCGUAGGCGAAGAAUCCCAAUGCAGCAGCAUUGUGCAAGCCCAGGAUAGCUCGAG